AGAAAAAAAAGAGGAGGAGCGAAAUCUCUUUCUUCCACUCUCUCCCCAUCGCUUCUUCUUUCGCGCUUCCCUUUUCCCUCCCCUCCCCUCUCUCUGUCUGUUCGCUCUGAUUCAGGGCAUCGCUUUGUAGCAUUUCUUCGUCGAGACUUGCGUUCUGCCUGUUGCAGGUACUUGCCUUUGAGGAAUAUAGAGAUAGAGACAAUUCUGCAUUUGUUUUUGUUGUAGAUAGGAUCAAAAGUUAGUAAAAAAUGUCGGAGGAGGAGAAACUGCUUAAGGAGGCGAAGAAACUACCGUGGGAGGAUCGGCUGUCGCACAAGAAUUGGAAGGUCAGGAGCGAGGCCAACAUUGAUCUAGCAGCCGUAUGCGACUCCAUUACGGAUCCUAAGGAUUCUCGUCUCCGCGAAUUUGGUCCGUUAUUUAGGAAGACCGUCGCGGAUUCUAAUGCACCAGUGCAAGAGAAGGCACUGGAUGCAUUAAUUGCUUACUUACGAGCUGCUGACGCAGAUGCGGGGAGGUUUGCCAAAGAAACUUGUGACGCAAUUGUUGCAAAAUGCUUAACUGGUAGACCUAAGACCGUGGAGAAAGCCCAAGCAGUGUUUAUGCUCUGGGUAGAACUAGAAGCCGUGGAUGUUUUCCUGGAUGCAAUGGAAAAAGCUAUAAAGAAUAAAGUUGCAAAAGCAGUUGUCCCUGCAAUUGAUGUCAUGUUUCAAGCUUUGAGUGACUUUGGAGCAAAAGUAGUUCCUCCAAAACGAAUUUUAAAGAUGCUUCCAGAACUCUUUGACCAUCAAGAUCAGAAUGUUCGCGCAUCUUCUAAGGGAUUGACACUUGAGCUUUGUCGUUGGAUUGGGAAAGACCCAGUAAAGUCUAUAUUGUUUGAAAAAAUGAGGGAUACAAUGAAAAAAGAGUUGGAGGCUGAGCUUGUCAAUGUUACGGGGUCUGUUAGGCCUUCUCGGAAAAUAAGGUCCGAGCAAGACAAAGAGCCAGAAAAGGAAGAUGCUUCUGAGGCUGUUGGUACAGGACCUUCUGAAGAAUCUGUAGCUGAUGUUCCUCAGGAAAUGGAUGAAUAUGAUCUUGUUGAUCCAGUAGACAUAUUGACUCCAUUGGAAAAGUCAGGAUUUUGGGAUGGAGUGAAAGCUACAAAAUGGUCAGAAAGAAAAGAGGCUGUUGCUGAACUAACCAAACUUGCUUCAACGAAAAAGAUAGCACCUGGUGACUUUUCAGAAGUUUGUAGAACUUUAAAGAAGCUGAUUACAGAUGUGAAUAUUGCUGUUGCUGUCGAAUCCAUUCAAGCUAUUGGCAAUCUUUGCAGGGGUCUCAGAGCCAACUUUUCUGGGAGUUCACGAUUCCUAUUGCCAGUUUUACUUGAAAAACUGAAAGAAAAAAAACCUGCUCUGACGGAGUCAUUAACUCAAACUCUCCAAGCGAUGCAUAAGUCUGGAUGCCUUAGUCUUUCUGACGUCAUUGAAGAUGUCAAGACAGCAAGCAAAAACAAAGUUCCUCUUGUCCGCUCAUUGACUUUAAGCUGGGUUACUUUCUGUCUUGAAACUAGUAACAAAGCUGUUGUCCUGAAGGUGCAUAAGGAAUAUGUCCCUAUAUUUAUGGAGAGCCUUAAUGAUGGGACCCCUGAUGUGAGGGAUACGGCCUUUUUGGCAUUGGCAGCAGUAGCAAAGUCGGUAGGCAUGAGACCUUUGGAGAGGUCCGUGGAGAAACUGGAUGAUGUGAGAAGGAAAAGACUAUCUGAGAUGAUUAUGGGCUCUGAAAGCAGUGUACCUUCUAAUGGCUCAGCAAACCAAGCUCCUGGUGCAAGUGUUUCAUCAGUUUCGGAUUCAGGCGGUUUAUUUGUCAAAAAAUCUGCAGCAAGCAUGCUUAGUGGAAAGAGGCCUGCACAGGCAGCUCCUUCUAGUAAAAAAGGAAACUCGGCGAAAUCAGGCACCAAUAAGAAAGCAGAUGGUAGUGUACCUAGUGGAGCUCCACCAAAAUCUUCCAAGCCCAUUGAAGUUCCAGAAGAUGUUGAGCCGGCUGAGAUGAGUCUCGAGGAGGUGGAGAGCAAAUUAGGUUCUCUUGUUGAAGCAGAUACAGUUUCUCAAUUGAAGAGCACUGUGUGGAAAGAACGACUUGAAGCAAUAUCUUCAUUGAAGCAACAAGUGGAAGGUUUGGAAGAUCUUAACCCAUCAGUUGAGAUACUUGUUCGUUUACUUUGCAUUAUCCCUGGUUGGAGUGAGAAAAAUGUUCAGGUCCAGCAACAGGUUAUCGAAGUCAUUACUUAUAUAGCCUCCACUGCCAAAAAAUUUCCAAAAAAGUGUAUUGUACUUUGCCUUUCAGGUAUAAGUGAACGUGUAGCAGAUAUUAAAACUCGUGCUCAAGCGAUGAAGUGCCUUACCACUUUUUCAGAAGCAGUUGGUCCAGGAUUUAUUUUUGAAAGACUCUUUAAAAUCAUGAAAGAGCACAAAAAUCCGAAGGUCCUUAGUGAGGGACUGUUGUGGAUGGUUUCUGCUGUGGAAGACUUUGGUAUAUCUCUAUUAAAACUCAAGGAUUUAAUUGAUUUCUGUAAAGAAACUGGUCUUCAGUCUAGUGCCGCUGCUACAAGGAAUGUUACUAUUAAGCUUUUGGGUUGCGUGCAUAAAUUUGUUGGACCAGAUCUUAAAGGUUUUCUUUCGGAUGUGAAACCUGCACUGCUUACUGCAAUUGACACUGAAUUUGAAAAAAAUCCAUUCGAGGGUGCUGCUGCUGCUACAAAAAGAACAGUUAGGGCAGAAGAACUAACAUCAUCAUCUGUUAGUGGGAUGGAUGGCCUGCCACGCGAAGAUAUCAGUGGGAAGAUUACACCUACACUGCUGAAGAAUUUUGAAAGUCCUGACUGGAAGGUCCGCUUGGAGUCUAUUGAAGCUGUGAAUAAAAUGUUGGAAGAAGCUAAUAAACGCAUUCAACCUACUGGAACAUCUGACUUACUUGGAGCUUUAAGAGGGCGCUUGUAUGAUAGCAAUAAAAAUUUGGUCAUGGCAACUUUGGCAACCAUCGGUAAUGUUGCAUCUGCUAUGGGGCCAUCUGUUGAAAAGUCAGGCAAGGGAGUGCUGUCAGAUGUCUUGAAAUGUCUUGGUGACAACAAGAAGCAUAUGAGGGAAGCCACUUUGACUACUUUAGAUGCCUGGCUAGCUGCUGUCCAUUUUGAUAAAAUGAUUCCUUACAUGACAUUAGCUCUAGUGGAUAAUAAGGUCAGUGCAGAAGGGCGGAAGGACCUCUUGGAAUGGCUGUCGAGGAAGCUUUCUGGAAUCAAUGAUUCUUCUGAUUCCAUACAAUUGCUUAAACCAGCUUGCUCUGCUUUGACGGACAAAUCCUCUGAUGUUCGAAAAGCAGCAGAGGCAUGCAUUACUGAAAUUUUAAAAGCUGGGCGACAGGAAGCAGUUGAAAAAGUUCUUAAAGAUAUUAGUGGGCCAGCUUUGCCCCUUGUUCUUGAACGAUUAAAACCCUAUGGUGCAUUUCAAGAAUCCUUCGAGUCAGCUAAACAAAUUACCUCAAGCUUGACAUCCAAAACUGCUGUAAAGGUUGGAAAGGCCACUUCAAAUGGUGUUGCUAAGCAUGGAAAUAAAGCUAUAUCAUCUAGAGGCGCCAUUUCAAAGGGAAAUAGGACCGAAUCCUUAAUAUCUGCGCAUGACUUGGCAGUUCAAUCACAGGCUUUGUUAAAUGUCAAAGACUCAAAUAAGGAGGAAAGAGAGAGAAUAAUAGUUCGCAAGUUUAAGUUUGAAGAACCACGCAUAGAGCAGAUUCAAGACCUUGAGAAUGAUAUGAUGAAGUAUUUCAGGGAGGAUUUGCAGAGAAGGCUGUUAAGCACUGAUUUUAAGAAGCAAGUUGAUGGUCUAGAGAUGCUGCAAAAGGCACUUGCGUCAAUUGGAAAGGAUAUUAUUGAGGUUUUAGAUAUUCUAUUGAGAUGGUUUGCUCUGCAAUUUUGUAAAUCAAAUACAACAUGUCUAUUAAAGGUGUUAGAGUUUCUUCCUGAACUUUUCGAGACCUUGAAGGAGGAAGGUUACUGUAUAAAUGAGUCUGAAGCGGCUAUCUUCCUUCCAUUCUUGAUAGAGAAGUUGGGUCACAAUAUUGAGAAAGUGAAGGAAAAGAUGCGGGAGCUGACAAAACAAAUCAUACAGACCUACUCUGCAACAAAAAUGUUUCCUUACAUACUAGAGGGUUUACGUUCUAAAAACAAUCGCACUCGGAUUGAAUGUGCUGACCUUGUUGGAUUCUUAAUUGAUAAUUAUGGAUCUGAGAUUAGUGGGCAGUUGAGAUCGCUGCAACUUGUUGCAAGCUUAACAGCAGAACGUGAUGGUGAAAUUAGGAAAGCUGCUCUAAAUACACUCGCUACUGGAUACAAGAUUCUUGGUGAGGAGGUAUGGAGAUAUGUGGGAAAACUGACAGAUGCUCAGAAAAGCAUGUUGGACGAUAGAUUUAAGUGGAAGAUAAGAGAAAUGGAGAAAAAGAAGGAAGGGAAGCCUGGUGAAGCUAGAGCUGCUAUGAGACGGCCUCUUAGAGAAUAUGAAUCUGAUGUAGCUGAGCAAAGUGGGGAAGUUUCUCGAUCCAUGUCUGGAACAAUUUCAACAAGCUCCAGGAAAAAUUAUGGUUCUGAGCUUCAUAUGGAGAGGCAAUCGGUGCCUCAACCACUUACAACGGCUAGUGGUCCCACAGACUGGAAUGAAGCAAUGGACAUUAUUUCUUUUGGCUCACCUGAACAGUCUGUGGAAGGAAUGAAAGUUGUAUGUCAUGAGUUGGCUCAAGCCUCCAGUGAUCCAGAAGGCAGUUCAAUGGACGAGCUAGCAAAGGAUGCUGAUAGGCUUGUUUUAUGCUUGGCAACAAAAGUUGCCAAGACUUUUGACUACAGUUUGACUGGAGCUUCUUCAAGGUCCUGUAAAUAUGUACUCAAUACCCUUAUGCAGACUUUUCAAAACAAAAGACUUGCUUAUGCUGUCAAGGAGAAUACUCUGGACAAUCUUAUUACUGAACUUCUUUUGUGGCUUUUGGACGAACGAGUCCCGCAUAUGGAUGAUGGCAGCCAACUUUUGAAAGCUCUAAAUGUUUUGAUGCUUAAGAUUCUGGACAAUGCAGAUCGUACUUCUUCAUUUGUGGUACUAAUUAAUCUGUUACGUCCAUUGGAACCCUCAAGAUGGCCUUCAACCGGGUCCAAAGAGUCAUUUACUUCCAGAAAUCAGAAGUUCUCUGAUUUGGUUGUAAAAUGUCUUAUUAAACUUACAAAGGUCCUUCAAAGCACUAUAUAUGAUGUUGAUCUUGAUCGCAUCCUGCAAAGCAUCCAUUUAUAUUUACAAAAUCUGGGGAUGGAAGAAAUUAGGAGAAGAGCUGGAGCUGAUGAUAAACCCCUUCGAAUGGUUAAAACUGUUCUACAUGAACUUGUAAAGCUUCGUGGGGCUGCAAUAAAGGGUCAUCUCUCUAUGGUUCCUAUUGAUAUGAAACCUCAGCCAAUUAUUCUUGCCUAUAUUGAUCUUAAUCUUGAGACUUUAGCCGCAGCCAGAAUGUUGACCUCAACUGGGCCUGUUGGCCAGACUCAUUGGGGUGACUCAACAGCAAAUAAUUCAUCUUCUGGCACACAGUCUGCUGAUGCACAAUUGAAGCAAGAACUUGCUGCUAUAUUCAAGAAAAUUGGGGACAAGCAGACAUGCACCAUUGGAUUAUAUGAGCUAUAUAGAAUAACUCAACUUUACCCAAAGGUUGAUAUAUUUUCUCAGCUUCAAAAUGCAAGCGAGGCAUUUCGCACAUACAUUAGAGAUGGUUUGGCCCAGAUGGAGAGGAAUGCAGCAGCUGGAAGAACGCCUUCAAGUUUGCCAUUGUCAACCCCUCCUCCAGCUUCCUUGACUUCUUCGCCCGACUUUGCACCCAUGUCUCCUGUACAUACCAAUCCUUUAACUGAAGCAAAAUCGCUGAAUGUGAAACCUGAACCGGCUAACUUUACUUUGCCACCAUCAUAUACUGAAGACAAUCGGAUAAUUACAUCAAGAGGUCCCACGCCUGAUUACUCACUUGGAGACCAAAGGAAUGACAAAUACAUAAGUGGAGUAACGAGUGGGACACUUGAUGCAAUAAGAGAGAGGAUGAAAAGCAUGCAAUUAGCUGCGGCUGCUGGAAACCAUGAAUCGGAAAUCAAGCCGUUAAUGUCUGUAAACGACAAUUUGCACCAAGGAAUGAUUGCUCAAAUGCCUCAAGUGUCCGAGGACGUCGGUGUCGAAAAUUCUGCUAAAAGUGGGGUCCUUCCCAUGGACGAGAAGGCACUAUCUGGACUUCAAGCCAGGAUGGAAAGACUUAAAAGUGGGUCUAUUGAACCUCUGUGAAACAGACAUAAGAUUUGAGAGCUACCAAGAUAUCGAAGUCUGAAUACAAGCCAUUAUCGUGUACGAUAGAAGAGCAAAAAAGAAAAAUGUGGAUGCCGGUAAUAGAGAUUAGUGCAUCUUUUUAUUGGUUGCUGGUGCUUAUUUUUUAAGAGAGCAAGUUUAUUGAUAUUUCAGGAAGGCGGGUGGUUAAAAGUCGCCAGCAUUUGUAUUUGUGUUUUAAAGAAUUGCUAUUAAACCAAUGGCAGUCACUUCCAUUGCAUAUAUAUUUGGAAUCACUUACAAUAUUAUUAUUCUUUUGUGCCCUUCAAAUUACCCCACCGUAAGGGUAAGCGGUAUUCCUCACAGCGCUUUGAACGGUAAAUGAAAAUAUUUACUUCCAGCGUC